AUGUCUGCUAACGCUAACUCCAACCAACUCGAAAAUUGUUUUCUUGGUUGGAACAAAAAUGAAUCACCAGAGACAUUAUGUGAAAUAAUUAGACAAUUAACGUCAUUUUCUUCUCAAUUAAAGAAGCCAAAUCAAAUAUCACAUGAAAUAUUUUCUAAUAUAAUCACCGUACUCACUCAGAUACUAAAUAAAUGGUUAGCGUUAUCCGAACAAGAAAUACGUUUGUUUAAAUCCAUAACUGAUUUGUUAUCCACCAUGAUAACUGCAAUCGAUGAGCAAAAUGUUGCAGCAUUUAAACAUUUACUGUUGACUAAACCCUUUAUUAAGUCAAUAAGUGCGUUUCUUGAACAUAUAUUACCUAAGUUAUCCACUGUUAAUUGUGAUGUAGUCGAAGGAGUUAGUAAACUUUUGUUUAUGUUGGAUAUUCUUCAAUACGACCGACCUGACAUAACGGAUGAUGAAAAUCUAUUAACACUACUCGAUCCAGUUAUGAAAUGUAUUUGUUCGAUAAAUUAUUUCACUAUACUCACAAACUUAACAGCGUCGACAACGCUAACUAUUCAGGAAGAAUUUCUCGUUAUUACGUGUUCAUACUAUUUUUCACGUUAUCGUGGCAUAUACGCUGAAAAAUUGACGAAUAAACUAGGUGAUAUAAUGUUAAAACGUUUUGAACAAGUUCUAUGUCAAUUAACACAAACUGUAUCUAAUUGGAAUGAAUCAAUGAUGAAAGCAGUUCAAUAUAUCAGUUACGUCUUACGACGAUUUGGAGAAUUUGACUCAACACGAAAACGAUUAAACGGCCAUUUAAAAAUUAUCGAUUCAAUCAUGAUGAUUUUGAACUCAUCACAUCUACAUCAUCAGGUUCUUAAACAAGAACAGAACGUUGAAACCACUCUUAUUUAUACCGCCAUUUGGGUCUUAUCAUCAUUGGAAAACGAUUCGGAGCUCACCGCUUACAUCAAAGCCAAUCACAACACUCAAACGUUUAUGACGUUAACAAAUGCAAAAUAUAAACCGAUACAAACGUAUGCGUAUAAAAUAUUAGCAGUUGUAAUGAACGAAGAUGAUAUUAAACAGUCGGAUGAUCCGGGUAAAAUCACAACGGUAUUUAUCGAUUUUAUUAAACAAGCUGUAGAUAGUCAAUUUCAAUCAAGUCCUGGUGGAAAACUAACAAGUUUAUUAUAUAGUUUGAGAGCACUUGUUCAACAUGACCAAAUCAAACGGGAAAUUGUUACACAAGAGGGCAUACAUCUUCUUAUUAAAUGUGCAACAGACUCAAAAUUCAAUGUAUUUAACAUUCAACAACGAGCUCUCGAGAUAAUUUGGUCAAUGACCUUUCUCGAUUCAGCAGCCAUUGAGCUAAGAGAUGCGUCCAAUCAUCAAUUUAUUUCUUACCUAAAAGCGAUUAUAUCUUCGAACUCGAGCAAUGUACGCCGGCAUGAAGCAGCUGUAGGAAUUAUUUGGAAAUUGAAGAAUAAAGCUGAUUUCUCGAUAGCUACAGCUGAAAAAACGACGUCGAAUGAAGAAUACGACAUUAUGCUAAGUUAUUCUCAUCAAGACAAGGAAUUGUGUUAUAAAAUACAUAAAUAUUUGAUCGAUAAGCAACUUCGUGUUUGGCUUGAUCGAGAUCACAUGUACGGAUCAACGAUUCAGGCCAUGGCAAAUGCGAUUGAAAAAUCGAAAUGUGUUCUAUUGUGCAUGUCUGAGUUGUAUAAAACAAGUCCUAGCUGUCAGUCAGAAGCUGAAUUUGCUCAUAAGACACGUCGACCUAUAAUACCGAUAAUAAUGAGAGAAAAAUAUAGACCUGAUGGGUGGCUCAGUUUUAUUGCUGGAUCACGAAUUUAUAUUGAUUAUCCGAAACUGGGUUUUCAACCAGCAUGCGAUAAACUUAUAGAAGACAUUCAUAAGCAAAAGUCUUCCACUCCUCUAAAUCACCAACAUGAACCACCGUUACCUCUGACAUCAAACACUUCAUGCGUUCAGCAAUGGUCAUACGCUGAUGUUUUGCAUUUUAUCGACGGGGCGAAUCUCAGCGCAAUGAAACCGUUAUUGGGCAAAGUGGAUGGUCAAGAACUAUUUGAGCUGUACAAAAUGUGCGAGUUGAAUUCACAACAAAUGUAUGAAUCAUUGAAAACCGAACUAUUCACACUAAAUAACGAAAUCUUACCUAUUAACGUUUAUCUCAGGUUUAUUAAUCAAUUAAGAAAGGAAGUGAAUGGAUGA